AUGGCAAAGUUUAAUGAUAAGCAUAGUUGUAUCCCUAAUGGAGAAUGUGAGAUGUUUAAGGUGAAUCAUAUAGCUAGGUUGUUUCUUGAUAAGAUUAGAGAUAAUCCUGAGUACUUCAUGCCAAUGAAAAUGGAAGAAAUCAUAAAGGAACGGUGGAAGAUCAGUGUCACUAGGCAUCAGUGUCAAGCGGCUAGAAAGAAGGCACUUAUCUGGAUUGAGAAGGAGUAUGAUGAACAGUUUGCUAGAUUAAGAGAUUAUGCUGCUGGGAUAUUAGAAUCAAACAAGGAUUCACAUGUAGAGGUUGAAUGUGUGACGACUGAUGAUGGAAAAGACAUGUUCAAUAGGUUCUAUGUUUGUUUUGACAACAUAAGAAGAACAUGGAAAAAGACUUUUAGGCCUCUAAUAGGAAUGGAUGGUUGCUUCCUAAAGAAUAAGGUCAAGGGACAGCUUUUGGUAGCUUUAGGUAGGGAUGCUAACAAUGGUAUUUAUCCAAUAGCAUGGGGAGUUGUAAAAGUUGAGAACACCGACAAUUGGGUUUGGUUUAUGAAGCAUUUGAAGACUGACCUUGGACUAAAUGAUGGUGACGGCUUCAUCAUGGUCUCUGAUAGGCAAAAGGGAUUGAUCAAAGCUGUUCAGCUGGAAUUACCAAAGAUGGAGCAUCGAAUGUGUGUACAACACAUCUACGGGAACUUGAAGAAGCAUCAUGGAAAUAAAACCCAGAUGAAGCCACUUUUGUGGGAUUUGGCUUGGUCUUACAAUGAGACAGAUUAUAAGCGGCACUUGGAGAGGAUCUUCUGUUAUGAUACUGGUGUAUACAAUGAUGUCAUGAGGACAAAUCCAAAAAGCUGGUGCAGAGCAUUCCACAAGAUUGGGAGUUAUUGUGAAGAUGUUGAUAAUAACCCCACAGAGUCUUUUAAUAGCUCCAUUAACAAGGCAAGGGAGAAACCUUUUAUUGCUAUGCUAGAGACAAUCAGACGACUUGCGAUGGUGAGGAUUGCCAAAAGGUCUGCAAAAUCUCAUUCUCACACAGGGAUUUGUACUCCAUAUGUUGCAUUGUUUCUAGCUAAAGAGCAUAAGUAUGCAUAUGAGUCGAAGGUUCACUCAAGCACAAAUGGAACAUAUAAAGUUCAUCAUGGUUUAGAUAAACACAGAGUCUGCCUUAAAAAGAUUGUUUGUUGCUGCAUGAAGUGGCAGAUAUGUGGCAUCCCAUGUGAACAUGCCUAUGCAGUCAUCAUCGAUAAAACACUUGUAGCUGAGAACUAUGUCUGUCAAUGGUUUCGGACAGCUAUGUGGAGAAGAAAUUACACCGAAGGCUUGGUUCCACAGAGAGGUCCAAGGUUUUGGCAUUAG